CGCACUAACUACCUGCGAUAUAUGAAUUCGCAAGCUACCCCGUAUUCUCUCUGCUGAGUUCUUAGCCUUGCAGCCACUGCUCUGUGUAACUACCACUUCGACCUAGAGAACUCAUAAAUCACAACUGCUCUUAAGUCAAUUCAUAAGGAGCGUCUUCAUGAUGGUCGAGCUCCCCUCAGCUAUUCGACGAGCUGCGCUAGGAAAGCUUGCAACGCUAGCAGCCCAAGCUCCAGAACACGAUGCGGGCUCGAUGAUUGAGCGCAUCUCGCAACCGUUGAAACAGCAUGCUAAUCGGCCACUUGGCAGUCCCCUGCCAGGCCAAGGUUCACCACGGACCUCCAUGGGUACCAGAGAGUUAGACGUGAUAAUUGCCCUAUGUAAAGCUUCGAGUUUCACCGCUACUCCCCAAAAUGCAUCGAAGAUCGCGUCGCAGCUGUGUCAAUACCUUCCAGAAUCGCACAGCCAGUCCUUCCGUCCUUCGCCCUUUCUGCAUAACGUGAGACCUUCUCCGUGGGAGGCGCUCACUCAUAAUCUUACCUUGGCUCUCCUAUCAUUGGGCUCUAAAUAUGCAGGGCUGCGUACUAUUGUCUUUGGUGCCCUCAGCGCAUACUUACGAAGUUGCGCCGAGGCCAUCGAUGCCGUGGCGCCCUCUCAGCGCUACGAACCCGAAACAACGGGACACGAGAAUUGGCAUGAACUAGCCCGUAUCUUAUCAACCACCAUGUCUCUUGUCGGCUUCAUGGAAGCAUUGGCCCGCUUCGAUUCAUUCUGUUCUACCGAUGAGAAACUUCAGCUUCUUGAAACAUUACGCUCAUUACUCUCAGACCAAUACAUGAUAGCCGUGGAGACCGCUUCUUCCACGGUGCGCAACCCAAGUGUUCCCGAUGCUCUUGUGGGUGACUGGAGACGAUACACUCACCGCUAUGCUACCGAUGGACGUCCCCUGGGGGCCAUGUUGUUGCAGGAAGGCUUGGCACACUUUGUCAAAUCGUGCGCUGUGUCUCUGAACGGGACACACGACCUCUCAGACGAAGACCUUCCGAAUGAGCAUCUUGGUGGCCGUCAAUCAACCAGGUCUCUCAAUGACGCCGAAUUGGCCCUCGUCGAUAAAUUGGCAACAAUCAUAGCGGAGGAAAUGCGCCUUCUGGAAGAUGGAUCGGACUACUUACAGCUUGGCUCGCCUUGGCAGCAGCGGCUUGCCUCUUCCGUGAAAAGGCUCGCCCUUACUGGCUACCUCAAUUGUAUCGUCGUAAGCGAGGAUACCACAAACAGCGAAGACUUCCUUUCGUGGCUUGAGGCGACGGUUGCAGACCCGAAUCAGAUGUCGUACCCAGACCUAGCGACAACUACACUAAAAAGCAUAGCGAUUAUUUCUCGGCUAUCCCCUAGCAGCGCAUCGUUCAGCAGUCGGUCCCUCUUGAAAUUUAUCGUCGAUGGAAGCGUGUCCGCUCGUUCGACUAGUCUCGUUGCUGCACAAUGUCUUGCUCAUGUUCUAAGUAUUCUUUCCCAGGACGCAGUCAUAACAAACCUUUAUUCGCUGGGAAACGCUUUGAGCCAUGGCUCCGGCUCAGACAAAUCCCAUCAACUACAGCUUCUAGGUGACGGGACAACUCCUGGGAGCACGCUUGCUCUCUUGUCCCGAGGCUUGAGUGAUAGUGCUAUUUCCUCGGCUUGUGACGAGGGAGAAACAGGACAUUAUGGUAGAGUUAUACAAGCCGUUGUGACGAUUGCGAGUAAAUGUGAUGAUGGAAAAAUAAGUGCUUUGGCACAGUCAAUGCUACUGCAAAAAAUAGGGAAGGUGAAUAUCGCAGUGGAUGCUUAUAUCAUAAAAGAAUCUGCUGCAUUGUCCUUAAGUACUGGCCCGGCUGAGUUCCAGCUUCUUCUGAAGUUUUAUGAUCGUGCCUACAAGGACAGUGUCGCAAAAGGCUACCUGAAUGUUGCCGAAGCCGUGCAGGGCGCAAUGGCUUUUAUCUCCGGCACGCUCACGAGAAACUCCGUUUUGUAUAAGAUUUAUCUUAUUCACCUGCUCGAAGGUGUGGUCAACAAAGGCGCCGCUACUGAUAUGGACCAUGACCAUCAGGAGAUCUUACUCGCCCCUGACGAUAUCGGCCCUUUUUUGAAACCACUGGCUUUGCUUGUAUCUUCAGGAAAUGACUUAACAAAAAAUUCGCGAUCAGAAAUGUGCUAUGAUCAAGAUGUGCUGGCUCUUUUCCGAGAUGCCUGGUUCAACAUUGCGAUUCACGGUAUAACGCUCAAUUCUGCUGUCGCCCAGCAUCAUUGCGAGGAACUGCGCGUACUUGCCAGGCACUCGCCUCCUCUCGUCUCCGAAGAUCGCAUGGACAUGCUGGAGAGCGACGUGGAGCUGAAUACGAUGCUCAGGCGCGGAUCGAGCCAGCAGCGGAUCCUAGACCAAAAGAGGAAGCUGAUGCUUGAAUUACCUGGCCGAGAGGUCGAGGUGAAACGCCUCAGCUAUCCGCGAGUGAUUUUUCUUAGCGCUACAUUGCUAGUUGAAAGUCUUCGCGCUUUGUCGGGAAACUGCACGACAAUCCUCAGUUAUUUCAGAGACCCUGUUCUAGCAACUGCUGAAAUGGCUAGCUGCAUGGGUGCUAUCGCUGAGAAGGUUGUUUCUUGUCAUCUUUCAUUGACACUUGCUGGGAAAUUGGAGCAGUUUUCUGUGCCGUUCCUAUCCAGGGAGCUUGCGGGCUUCUUUGUUGCUUGCUGCCAUCGUGUUGAACGAGUUCAGAAUAUUGCCGUCCUCUGCGCAGACAAAAUAAUGCGAGAGUGUCCUUCCGCUCUGUGUGAAAGGACAUCUCUCUUUGCUCUGCUUGAGCUCUUGACUGUCAUGUGGCAGUCUUGUUUUGAAGGCGAACUUGACGAGUACGAGUGGAAGCCAUCUUUCACCUCUCCUACUGGUCUUGUCCGAGUCAAUCUACCCGACAAUUAUAGUUUCAGAGAGAGGACACUGGAAGUUCUUUUAGAGCGUGCCCGGACGUGGGUGAUCGCAGUCAUGAGUAUCUCACCUCUAGACGUCAAAGGACUUCUCCAGGCAUAUCUUUCCGUCUCUGAUGACAACUGCGGAAACGGCCAGAUCUCUCUGGGUCGGUCAUUCGCUUUGGAAAUGGGUGCGCUGAUCCCAAGUAGUAAUCAACGGCUUGGAUCUGUCAAGAAUGGUAGUGUUGGUGGCGUAUUGAACAUAGCCUCCGGUUUUAUAUCCCAGUUAUCCACACGCGAGCGAUACAAGUUAUCGGAGACAUCAAGUGUCGAUGGCACCGUGCAAGGAUUAGAGUUUUGUUCUGGUUCUUCUAAUUUGAUCAUGGCUAAAACCAUGGAAGAUAAUCUUUCUAAACUCCACACACGUUUGAGGAAUGGAAUAAAAGUCCCUAUCACACAAAUGCGGAAUGCACUGCGACAGGCUGCUGCCCUAGUGAGUAACGACGCUGAGAACCAUGCUUAUCUUGCACAUUAUCUAGUCAUAGUGCCCUUCGAACAAUUCUCGCAAGAGUCAAUUGACAUCGGGGCGUCUCUUUGGUUGAGUGUGAUGCAUGAGAAUCCCAAGAUGUGUGUCAAAUUGUUAUCUGAAAUAAUGGGGGCAUGGGAAAGGUCAAUAUAUCGCAAAAGGAACCUGUUCGAUCCAUCCUUCAACUGUAUGGAUCCAUUCUUUAGCAAAAUUGAAUUGUUACCCACCGACAGGACUCUGGCGGCACGGAAUCAGGAAAGGGCCCAGGAGAAGCUCAUGCCACACUUGCGAGUCCUUGAGUUCUUUGAAAGCCAUUUCAAUGCCACUCGGCUGGCAAACGCUCAAGCCCAGCCUUUGUUUUGCCGUCUUGUUGACGCGACAAUGACAGGAUUGUUGCACGCUAGCAGUCACCCUUUAGCGCGAGAGCUGCACUUUCGUGUUAUCUUGUUUAGUCUUAAAGUUUUGGGUGACUGUAGCUCACAAGAUGCACAUUUUCAAUGGAAAUUGAAGGAUCAGAUCUUGUCAGCCGCUUUGACCUGGUUCAAGACCUCACCAAGAUGGUCUUUUGGAGGAAACCGCCUCCAGAUCAAGGCUGAAGACAACAUCCUCCGCGACGUUAUUUCUGCCUUAAAGGGGGUGUCUGCCAUUUCUCGCCAAACACAAGGGGCCUAUAGAUCAUUGCAAUCAAAACAGGAUCUUCUCCAUGUCUUUAUAGAGAAUGAGAGAUCGCGCCUUAGAGUGUGGCUAUACCCACUGGACUCCGAUCGGAAGCACACAAGCCCACAGUCAUCCUCGCCCAAGUCCCUUACCGAGGAAGCCACGACCCUUUUAAGACUCGCUUGGAAUGAACAUCCAGGCUUGGCGGUCCAGCUGUCAACCCGAUUUCCAUCGGCGAAGCUCAAGAAUGAUGUUCGCUGGUUGAUGCUCAAUUUCCCAGAGAAGGCGAUUGACGAGCCUGAAGGUCUGGAGCUGAUUUUCGGUACCAAUCUUCCCACUGACGUCUCGAGUCAACUGAAGUAUUUACUUUACUGGGCUUCAGUCAAUCCAACCGAAGCCUUGACCUACUUCUUGCCCGCUUAUGGCAAUCACGCCUUCAUACUACAAUAUGCAAUGAGGGCUCUAGAGAGUCAUCCCAUCGACGUGCGCUUCUAUUUUGUCCCACAACUAGUCCAAGCUUUGAGAUACGAUUCCCUGGGCUAUGUCGAACGUUACAUACUGGAAACUGCUAAGCUGUCUCAAUUGUUCGCCCACCAAGUUAUCUGGAAUAUGAAGGCAAAUUCCUAUAAGGACGAGGAUUCGCAGAUCCCGGAUCCACUUAAGCCAACCUUGGACAGAUUUAUGGAUGCGUUGGUUGCAAGCUUCACAAAUGAGGAGCGUGAAUUCUACGAAAGGGAAUUUACCUUUUUUAACGAAAUUACUAGCAUUUCAGGCAAGCUCCGACCGUAUAUAAAGAGAAGUAAGGCUGAAAAGAAAGAGAAGAUUGAAGAAGAGCUUCGCAAGAUCAAGGUGGAGGUCGGAGUAUACCUUCCAAGCAACCCUGAGGGCGUUGUCGUGGGUAUCGACCGCAAGUCUGGGAAACCUCUGCAAAGUCAUGCCAAAGCACCAUACAUGGCGACCUUCAGGAUUCAGAAGACUCGGACACAAGCACAAGGAACCCACAAAGAAACACGCUCACUUGCACAAUGUUGCAGCGACUUGUCAAUCUCGGGGGAGAGUCUGUCAAACGACGAGACCUACGAAGUCUGGCAAUCAGCUAUUUUCAAGGUUGGCGACGAUUGUCGUCAAGACAUGUUGGCCCUGCAGAUGAUAGCUGCUUUUCGAAGCAUAUUCGCAAGCGUCGGGCUUGACGUAUGGGUGUUCCCUUACCGAGUGACCUCCACGGCUCCUGGGUGUGGGGUUAUCGAUGUUCUUCCAAAUUCAAUUUCGCGUGAUAUGCUGGGUCGUGAAGCUGUGAAUGGUCUAUAUGACUACUUUAUCUCUAAGUACGGUGGAGAGGAUUCUAUACGGUUUCAAGAGGCACGCACAAACUUCGUGAAGAGCAUGGCUGCUUAUUCCGUCAUCUCCUAUUUGCUUCAAUUCAAAGAUCGGCACAAUGGAAACAUCAUGAUCGACGAUGCAGGCCACAUCAUACAUAUUGACUUCGGUUUUUGUUUCGACAUUGCACCAGGGGGUGUGCGCUUCGAGCGCGCGCCUUUCAAACUGACAUCUGAGAUGGUUGCUGUAAUGAGUGGUAAUAAUCACUCACAUACUUCCCCCAGCGGCGGCUCUGGAAGUGGCUCUCACAGCCCCACUAGUACUCAGCCCUACAUGUGGUUUGAAUCGCUGGUCGUGAAGGCUUUUCUUGCGUCGAGGCCGCACAGCGCCAAACUUUCUCACAUAGUGUCCUUGAUGCUCGAUAGUGGCUUGCCCUGCUUUAAGCCCGACACGUUGAAAAAUUUCCGAGACCGAUUUGUACCUGAGAAGAAUGAGAGGGAGGCAGCUGAUCACAUGCGUGAGCUUGUGCGCAAGUCGUACAUGAGUGUGUCGACGAAGGGAUAUGAUCAGUUUCAAUUGUUGACCAACGGCAUCCCCUAUUGAACCAAGCUAGUCAGUUUCUCAGCAUGUACUGGACUUAUGGAAAAAUGUCAGAUGAACUUAUACUCCACCUCAAUUGACAGUGUCUCAAGACUUGGUCCACUGUGUACAGUAUAUGAGCGUGUAAACAAGGGCAACAAUAGUUCU